UGACGAUCGAUAGAAGACCUCGGAAGCCAGGAUGGACAUGAAAAAGAGGAUCCACUUAGAAUUACGAAAUAGGUCUCCCUCGGAAGUCCGCGAGUUAGUCUUGGAUAACUGUCGGUCAGAUGAGGGGAAGACCGAGGGUCUGACGCCAGAGUUUGUGAAUCUGGAAUUCCUCAGUUUAAUAAAUGUCGGUCUGACAUCCAUAGCUAAUCUUCCUAAACUGCCAAAAUUAAAGAAGUUGGAGUUAAGCGAUAACAGGAUCUCUGGGAAUCUGGAGGUCCUCGCCGAGAAAACGCCCAACCUCACACACCUCAGCCUCAGCGGCAACAAACUCAAAGACCUCAGCACCCUGGAACCUCUGAGAGACCUGGUUCGUCUGAAGAGCCUUGAUCUUUUCAACUGUGAAGUCACGACCCUGGAUGAUUACCGUGACAGCGUGUUUAAGCUCCUCCCUCAGAUCUCCUACUUGGACGAGGAGGAUCCUGAGGAUCAGGAGGGGUCGGACUCAGACGCCGAAGGGGCCGGAGAAGGAGGAGAGGGGGACAAUGAUGACGAAGACGAGGAUGAAGAUGAUGGUGAUUCUGAAAGUUUUCUUUCACUGAGUCAGAAGGGAGACGAGGAUGAGGUUGACGAUGAAGAGGAGGAUGAAGACGGGGAAGGAGAGGAAGACUUUGACGAAGAGGGUGAUGAUGAUGAGGAUGUAGAGGUGGAAGAUGAAGAUGUUAGCGGAGAGGAUGAGGAGGAAGAUUCUGGACAGGAUGGAGAGGUGGACGAUGAAGACGAGGAUGAUGACGAAGAAGAGGAAGAUGGGCAGAAGAGAAAACGAGAUCCUGAGGAUGAAGACGAUUGAUCAGAUAUAUCUAACCCAACCUUCCUCAUAACGUGUGUGUGUGUGUAUGUAUGUGUGUGUGUGGUUUUGUUUUUCUUAGGCUGUUUGUGAGUGUGUAUUACAAAGAGAUUUACGUCAUUCUGUAGACUAUUUUUCUGCAGUUAGGUAUCGUCCAAUCUGUUUUUUUCUAUAUAUUUUUUUGAAUAUUUUGUUGUAUUUUUGAUGUUGAUGGCCGACACAUUUUAAGGUAGUAAGACUUGGUCGUGUUUUAAACGUUUCUGAUUCAUAAAAAAAACAUAAAAUUUAUCUGCUGUUUUUACU